CAUGGCUGUCAAAUAACUGUGACUGAUGGCAGAUCUGUGGAGUCUGACAGCAGCUGCGGCUCGUCGUCGCAUCAAUAAUUCACUCGUCACGUCAAACUUCCUUCAUUGAGGCUGGUGACAACAACAAACUGAUUCCAUUGCAAGAGCUGCCAGAAGUAACACGUGGAGUGUGAGCGUAACUUCUCAUUUUGUAAGGGAGCUCCUUAGUGACAAAACCAUCACAUAAGUUCAGAGCAGAUCGUUUUUUGAGUUGAAAUGGAUCUGACAAGUGAGACUGCAGAGACUUGAGAAAAGACAAAAUGCACGAUGUUGUGAUGAACACCUAAGUCCGACUCAGACACACACAAACACCAAACACACUAUGAGUAUGUCGGCAGUGCCCCCAGCCUCCCCUCCCACUGAGGACCCAACCACACCCCCACCGAUGACCACACCUCCUCGCAAAGCCUCAGUCCGCCUGCAGGAGAGGCGGGGCUCCAACCUGUCGCUGCUAUUGGACAUGAACAGCCUGGGGGUGGAGCCUGUCUGCUCUGUCUCCACCCCAAAGGAAGUGUGGCUUCAACUGCUUCACACCUCCACCCGACCGCUCACACACACACUGCUGCAGCAGGCCGCCAUGGACACAAACACACUGAAUGUGGAGUACCAGAAGAUCCCUAUGAACUUUGUGAGCACUGCAGAACUUGACAUUCCAGGACACACGAUGAAAGACAGAUAUAAAACCAUCCUACCCAACCCUGAAAGCCGGGUGAUCCUGAGGAGCCCAGAGGAAGAGGCAGGACCAGACCGCUACAUCAACGCCAACUACAUACGGGGUUACAGAGGGGCUCAGAGGGCCUACAUCGCCACCCAGGGGCCGAUGGUUCACACUGUGGGGGACUUCUGGGACAUGGUAUGGCAGGAGAGGAGCAGUAUCAUCGUCAUGGUUACCAGACUCAAGGAGAACAACGAGAAAUGUGAGCUGUACUGGCCUCAGCCGACAGAGAGGACAACAAGGGUGAAGGAGAAGGAUGAGGAGGACGAGGAGGGGCAGAGGGAAGAAGACGAGGAGGAAGGAGAGACGGGUCGAUUCGGCAGAUUCUUCCUCAGAGUGAGAGACAGCCAAGAGAAAGACGGGUUCACUGUCACUGACAUGGACAUCCAGCUGUAUUCAGAGCGUCGUCCCAUCAGACAUUACUGGUUCACGUCUUGGCCCGACCACCACAUCCCACAAUGCACCGCUCCUCUGCUGAGACUGGUGGAGGAGGUCGAGACGUACAGCAGGUCCCUCCUAUCAACUAGCUUUCAGCCAAUCACAGACCCCGUCACUGGUCCUGGACCAAUCAUCGUCCACUGCAGUGCAGGUAUAGGUAGGACAGGUUGUUUCAUAGCCAGCAGUAUCGGCUGUCAGCAGCUCAGAGAAACAGGUCAGGUUGACAUCCUAGAGACAGUGUGUCAGCUCCGACUCGACAGGGGUGGUAUGAUCCAAACAACAGAGCAGUACCAGUUCUUGUACUCCACUCUGGCCCUGUAUAGCUGCCAGCUACAACACAACCAGCAGAAUCAGAACCAGCAGAACCCAGAGGACCGAGUCAGCAUACAGCUACAAAACCUCCAGCUGGACAACACACAGAACCAGAGUAACUGAUACCAUACAGAACCUCCAGGGGGCCAGAUGCACACCUAAUGAAACCCGGUAGACCUCAGAACCAACACAACCAGAAAGAUGGAAACAAGAGAACUUAAAGGCAGAAAAUGACACCAGCAGCAGACCCCAAAGACCUGAUACACUUAUGGAUCAAGAGUUGGGGAACCAGCAGGAACACACAGGAACCCCAAAAACUCAGUGCUAGACUGGACAUCAAGAGAGCCUGAAGAACCGGUACAGCAGAGAACCGAGAGCAUCAUGUUGGUCCUGGAAUGAAAAUCUCAGAAAACAGGACCGAACCAAGAAGCUUGCACCAAAACAACCAAAUAGAAAAAAAGUCAUGCCCACAAAAUCUCCUUCCCAACAUUAAAAUCAGAUGAAAUCAAAUGAA